AACUUUAAACCAAAAAAUUUAAAUUUAAAUUUUAAAAAACACUUUUUUAUUUACUUUUCGAACCCCGAGAUCCCCUCUAAGAUUCAUAUUCUCUUUUGAUCCAGAAAUUGAAGGUGCAUAACGACAGAUUCUUCAUGAGAUUCUCUGUAUCAUAACUCCACCAAGCUCUCGUAAUUCAAAUUUCUCAAUUUCGAAUUUGAAAAAUUUUGGCGCGAAAGAUAUGAAACUCGAUGGAUUUGGAGGGCAGAAUUGCGCGGUAAUGGAGUCAUCUCCGACGGAGACUCCGACAGCUCCGUUCGUUGGAAAAAAAGAGGAUAACAGGGAUGGCGAGGUUGCGUUAGUGCCGCCGUUAAACUUUGCGAUGGUCGACAACGGCGUUUUCAGGUCCGGCUUUCCUGAUUCUGCAAAUUUUACCUUUUUGGAGUCUCUGGGGCUCCGUUCAAUCAUAUAUUUGUGCCCGGAACCUUAUCCAGAUUCACAUACCGAGUUUCUGAAGGCGAAUGGAAUUAGGCUUUUUCAGUUUGGGAUUGAUGGAUGCAAGGAGCCUUUUGUGAACAUUCCGGAGGAAACAAUUCGUCAGGCAUUGAAAGUAGUCUUAGAUACAAGGAAUCAUCCUGUGCUAAUUCAUUGCAAGCGAGGGAAGCAUCGCACUGGGUGUCUUGUGGGGUGCUUAAGAAAACUGCAAAGAUGGUGCCUGUCUUCCAUUUUUGACGAGUACCAGAGGUUUGCCGCAGCUAAAGCUAGGGUAUCAGACCAGAGGUUCAUCGAGUUGUUUGAUGUUUCCAGCUUGAAGAACCAGCCCCUGUCAUUUUCUUGUUUGAAGAGGUAGCAAAUUAUCAGGUAAGUAAGAUGUUUUUGCCCCACAAAAACAAUCGAAGAGAAGAGUCUGAAGAGCUUUAGAAAUAGUUCAUAGUUCUCCGUAUAACACAACUGCUUAAUAAUGUUUCUUUCCCCUUGUUUUCAACAUUUGGGUAUUUUCACAAGUUUUGUCACACAAGCUGAUAUAUCCUUACA